AACUAGAGAAUAUUCGCCCCUGAAUUCAUCGUGCCGUUCACGUCCAUUUUUCUUCAGCUUUUCAUUUUUCAUAAAAAACGACGUCGUCGUCCAACAUCUCCGCCUUAAUCCAGAUUCAAUUACCAAAUUCUCUCGUUGUGUGUUUUGCUUGAAGAGAGUCGUUCACUACUCGCCCAAGUCCAACAAAUUUCUGUCACUCCUUCAUUACCCAGCCCCAAAUUGCAGUUCCUUGUAUAUGAUGUGGGAUAUGAAGAGAUAGGCAAGUUAACCCAGUUUUCGACUGAAUGAUUUAAGAGAUGCAAAAGCAGUGCCGAUGUCUGAAAUCUUGAAGAUGUGUGUAGCUCUGACUGAAAUCUUGAAGCUACCUCUGAUGGACAAAAGCAAUGGCUGCAGCUUCUCUAGUGUGUCUUCAAUUGCUGUCUUUUCAAGUGCCAUUUUUGUUGUAACCUUGAUUUUGAUUCGUCUCCUUUAUGUCAUAUGCUGUAGCAGCAAGCCCUUGAGCAAAAGGGCUUCAAAACCUGUUAGUACCCUUAUAAUUUUAGGAUCAGGUGGUCAUACUGCUGAGAUGCUUAAUCUAUUGGCAGUGUUGCAAAAAGAUAGGUUCAAACCAAGAUUCUACAUUGCCGCUGCUACUGAUAAUAUGAGUCUUCAAAAAGCUCAGUUGUUGGAGGAUUCCCUAAUUGCUGAGAGUGCAACAAGGGUCCCUUAUACUGCACAGUUUAUGAAGAUAUACCGGAGUAGAGAAGUUGGUCAAUCAUAUAUAACCUCAGUUUGGACUACUUUAGUUGCAACGGUGCAUGCAUUAUGGCUAAUGAUUAAAAUUAGACCUGAAGUGAUACUUUGCAAUGGACCUGGAACUUGCAUUCCCCUCUGUGCAAUUGCAUUCAUAUUUAAGGUACUGGGAAUCAGAUGGUCAUCAAUUUUCUACGUUGAGAGUAUUGCAAGAGUGAGAAGGCUCUCCUUGAGUGGCCUGCUCCUGUACAAGUUGCGGAUGGCUGAUCAACUUUUUGUUCAGUGGCCACAGCUGCAACAGCAAUAUCCCCGAGCGACCUAUGUUGGUCGACUCAUGUAACCAAUUGGUUCGCAUAAUAUCAUUUUAAGAGAAAUUUUAAUGCUGAAGUCAAUCAGUCGAUGAUAAUUCUAAAGCCUUACCUUAAUCCUUAAGAACUAUAAAUGUAGAUAAUAGUUUUUUGACAAAAGAGUGAGAAGACACAUUAACUUUUGAGAAGGAUUAACAUGGUUGAUGUUUGUGAUUCUUAGGAAUUAAAAUGAGGGCUUUGCAUUUCGAGGGAGGACUAAUGUAUUCUCCGCUAAUUUUCACAAGUACAAAUAUAGGGUUAUAUUCUUUAUAU